AUGGCCAGCUUAUUUGAAUAUUGGUCUGAUUUCUGCUUUCUUUCUUUCUUUCUUUUUUUUUCUUUACUUCUUCCUGCUCGUCCUUAUUCUUUCUUUCUAUUUUCUUUCUUUCUUCGUGCCCUUCUUUCUUUCUUUUUUUUCUGUGUACACUAUUUUGUCCCUCUUUCUUUCUUUCUUUCUUUCUUUCUUUCUUUCUUCUUAUUCUGUUCUAUUCCUCUUUCUUUCUUUCUUCCUUUCUUUUUUUAUUUAUUUCUAAGCAAUGAAGUCGAUGGAACAGAGCAACCUCUUCCCUCCCGCCACCGUUCCCCUGUCUCUUCUUUUCUUUCAAGAAGUUGUUUCGCACACAACUGCAGUCUCAUUGAUUUCUCUCUCCAACAACUCACUCAUCUCUCUCUCUCUCUCUCUCUCUCUCUCUCUCUCUCUCUCUAUCUAUCUAUCUAUCUAUCUAUCUAUCUCUGUUUAUGUGCCUUAUCCCCCUCAUGGAAGAUUACUACUAAUCUCUUUUGCACUAAUCGAACUAAUGAUUUUUGA